UCACAAACCAAUGAGACACAGCUCGUGUUAGUCAGUAAACGGAGAUUACCAGAGCUUUCACAUGUGGAUACGGAUCACGACACACGGGCUCCAGGUAUAGAGGGAGAAGCACAGGACCUCUGUCUAUCAAAUUCUGAAGUGCCCCGGUGCCAGCUGUAUAGGUCAACCCAACCGGAACAUUGCAGGACAAUAGGAGCCCAACCCAAAGACCUUAGACGGCUAUCAAAAAGCAAAUAAUCAAGCUCAUUAGCUCUCUUCCCCCAAGACGACCUUUUCUGAAAGGAUCAACAGAAGAGAGGAAGUUAAAGAGGACCAAACAAGAGGGGGGAAGCGAACAUCGACGGCUAUUUCUGAUACUCUGUGGUGAAGGGAACAUCUCAUUUGAGAUUUUGGACUGCAGAAAAAGGAUUUCCUCAUGCCAAUGCCUGUGUAAAUACUGCAUGGAGAUUUGUCCCUUUUCCAAAAACUCCCAGUAAAGACACUAAAUAUAGCGAAAGCCCAACAGCCAACUCUGACUGAUUUUCAAAAUGCCGAAAAAUCUACAUUCAUAGGGAUCCUAUAAAUGGAUCAAAAUCCUGCUACUGUUCUGAGACACGUCAGAUCUUUAAGAAGCAUUGAAACUGUAGUUUCCAAGAGGGUUUCCUUCUCUUUGUAGGGCAAAGCAAUUGCUUUGUCCUUUCUUUUUGGAUGCAUUUUUCCAUAACUCUAAAAUGAAGCCCUUAACUCCCGUUGGUUCACCUUCUCCGCUGCGGCUCCUAAACAAGGGGCCAGAUUACCUUCGCAGGCAGAUGGAUGCCGGAAGCAGGGGCAGGUCCAUUAGCGCUGUAGAGCGGCUGGAAGCAGACAAGGCAAAGUACGUCAAGAGUCAACAGGUCAUAAACACCAAGCAGGAGCCCGUAUUAGUGCCCUGUGCAACCCCUCCACCGGUGCCCCGUCGAAACUUCACUGUGUCCACUCCUUCAACUCCCGUUCUCCCACCUCGAAAUCAAAUGGCGCCUUUCUCGGCACCGCAGUUCGUGAGGGAUGAAAAUGAGGAUGACUCCAGGAAAGAGAACUGUCAGAAUGAAACUGAUGUGGAAACCAACAAUCGCAACAAUGCAAAUAAGCCUCCUGUACCUUCCCCAAGAACUCCAAUCAUUGCUCCAUUAGUCGCCCCACAUAGUGCUCCAAUAAUGCGCAGGAGUAACGGCAAGCGCAUGCUGCGUCCAGACUCCCUGGUCAUUUACAGACAGAAGAAAGAGUGCAGGAGUCCCAGCAGUGGUGGCGAAAACGGCAACACCAAUGUGGAGGUCAAGGGCUACAGUUUCGUGCGACGGCUCUUCCAGGGAUCCAUGCGUGAAAAGAACAGCCGGAACGAGGCUCAAAAAUUGGUGAUAAAUGAGGAGAAGGCGUCUUCCUCUCGAGACGGGGAUUCGCGAAUGUCCUGGUCCAAUGACAAAGUCACUAUCGACGGUGGAAACGAGACCAGACGAUCGAGCAAAUCUGAGCAAGAGCACUCGACGCCAGAGACACAAAACAACAACACUGGUUUUCAAGAGAAGCUAUCUAAGAUCAACAGUAUACGAAACAGCAUGGGCAACUCCAACAAUAACGACAUGGAUCCAUGGAAGCCCGUCAUUCCUCGGAUACGGGCCGAUUUGAAACGGUCCAAGUCAGAAUUACGACUACGCUGCUCGCUAGCCAUGUCCGAGCAGGAACGCUUCUUCGACUACUGUGGAUUGGACUUCGAUAUGGUGGAGAGGCUCGGUCCGAAGAACUUUCUAAAAGGGGCCAGUUCAAUCGACACGCUCUCGCUGCUACUGAGGAGCGUCGGAGGCGGCGGCGGCUCGGAGCCCAGUGAGUUUUCCCGACACUCCGGGGAAGGAGGAACUGGCCUCCUUUUCCAGGAGGAACUGGCCGAGCAGAUCCCUACAGGUGUCUCAAUUAUUGAGAGAAAUGCACGGGUCAUAAAGUGGCUCUACGGCUGCAGGAACGCAGCCCAAGAGGGUCCUAAAGAGUCUACUGUUUGAUUAUCACGGUAACUGAACUGAAACUUUUGGAGCCGUGUUCCAAUACGGAAAACUGUGCUGUAUUUAUUUCAUGUGGGACAUUUGUAUUUAAGAGAUGUGUUUUGCUUUUCACAGCCAGUAUGAGAACAUUUAUAUUACUUUGUGUCAGUCACACAUGAAGCUGCAAACCGACACUUCUUGUCACGACUUACACUGUGGCUAUGUCCGAAAUCGCCCCCUUAUACCCUCAUUCACUAUUCCAUACAUUAGUUUACUAAUAUAGUCCACUUAAAGGGAUUAAAUGAAAACAAGUAAACAAAUUUUGCAGUGGACGCCAACUUCCGGCAAGACUCUCACUCUCACAUUGCAUGGCUUUUCUCUAGCUGUUGA